AUGGGGCUCCAGGCCAGGCAGGUCUGCUCCCUGCCCCUCCUGCUGCAGGCCCUGUCUAAGGUGGCUGAGAACUCGGACUUCCAACUGGCUGGGGAUUACUUCCUGGGUGGCCUCUUCACUCUUGCCAACAGGAAGGGCUUCAUCCACCACAACUACCUGCAGGUGCCCAAGUGCAGGGAGUGCCUCUCCAGUGCUCAGUACGUGUUCCUGGAUGCUUCCGAGUCCCGGGCCAUUGAUCCCAUCUUGCACAAACUCACCGCUGGGGCUCCCACCUGGAGGGUGACCAUCCCAGGCUUCAGUGAGUUCUGCGUGUGCCCUGCCCAGGCUGGGCUGCCUGCACCCAGCAGGGCCAGCCCGCAGCCCACCUGCAACCAGGAGGGUGACCCCAGCCUGGACACCACUGAGUCCUUCAACACCAUUCGUGUGGUCUGCAUCGUUCACUUGGCCAUCUAUGCCGUGGCCCACGCCCUGCACAGCUUCCUCAGCUGCAGCAAGACCACCUGCUCCAAGGGGGUGGUCUCCUUCCUGCAGUUAACGGAUCCCUGUUUCCCUUCUCUCUGGCCCUUCCAGCUACUUUGGGACAUCUGGAAGGCCAAGGUCACCCUCCUAGGUCACCAGAUCUUCUUCAACCAGCCAGGGGACCUGCCAAUGGGCCUGGAGAUCAUCCAGUUGCAAUGGGACCUAACCCAGAACCCUUUCUGGAGCAUUGCCGUCCACCACCCCUCACACCAGCAGCUGAAGGCCAUCUGCCCCACCUGGCCAUCCCUCAGAGGGCCCUGCUUCAAGCAGCGGCCAGCCUUCCUCAAAUGGUGUGAGACACCCACCAUCCUUGUGGUCAUGCUGGCUGCCUGGGUGACUGUCAUCCUGGCUGUCUCCUGGAGGCAUGUCCAGACACUCAUGGUUUGUUCGGCCGGGGACCCCACAUGCUUCCUGAUACUAACACUGCUGCUGGUGGCCUAUCUGGCAGUGCCCAUGUACGUGGGGCAGCCCAGGUCCUCACCUACUCUGCACCAAGCCCUCUUCACUCUCUGCUUCACCAUCUGUGUCGCCUGCAUCACCUUGUUAUCAUUCCAGGUCGUCUACAUCUUCAUGCUAUUAGGUCUGCUACCACGGGCCUAUGUCUUCAUGGCACUCAUCACAGCACUCAAAGUGGUCAUUGUGGUGGGCAACGUGCUGGCCAUGACCUUGUCCCCACCCCACACCGACCCUGAUGACCCCAAGGUUAUGAUUCCCAUCCCAGCUACCGCAGCAAGGCUGCUGUUCAACACCAUCCAGGACCUGACCCUCUGGUUGGUGGGCUUCAGCUUCAUCAAGGAGCUGCCCACCAACCACAAGGAGGCCAAGCCCAUCACCCUCAGUGUGACCUUCUACUUCAUCACCUCCAUCUCCCUCUGCACCUUUGUGUCUAUCUAUCAGGGAGUGCCGGUCACCCUCCUGGACUUCUCAGUCACAGCGUUCAACCUCCUGGCCGUCAGCCUGGGACUUCAGCCCAAGCGCUACGUGAGCCUCUUCUCCCCAGAGCGCAACAUGCGCUACUUCAAUGACGUGGUCCAGGGCUACGCCAUGACGAGGGAGUCGGAGCUCUUCAGUGCCGAGGCCUCCAAACUGCUGCCCAGAGAGGCUGAGUGA